AAAUAAUGUAAAACCUAACUUACAUUCACUGCUAUAGCAAUUAAUAAUUCUCCUUUUCCCCAAAUGUUUUACAGCUUUGUUUUUAUUGUCCAGCUCCGUUUUUAUUGUCCCAAGGCAAUAUUAAUGGAAGGCAUAAUAUGUCUAAUUAACAAAGGUGUAUUAGUAGGGACUUAUCACUUGCAUUUUCACUUCGAUGCUGGCGAGUAACAAUAGAACCAAAAUACUUCAACUCUUCAACUCUUUGCUGCAAAAUGUUGCUUGAUUUAAAUGAACUCCCAUACAAUGGAGAAAUGGUUGCUUUCAUGGGGGAAGAUAUAUCUGAUAUUGUUGUACAAAAUGGAGAAAUGAAUGCGGAGAAUUAUACAAGACACACUUUCACUCAUGUGCAACUACUAGAUAAUGAAGAGGAAACUAUACCUGAACAACUAAACCUUGAACCAUUUGUGGGUCAAACAUUUCAAAGUGAAGAAGAAGCACGUGUGUUCUAUGAUAAUUAUGCACGUCUUCAUGGUUUUAGCAUUAAAAGGGAUCGGACCAAAAAAAAGGAUGGCAAGAUGGUAAGGCGUGAUUUCUACUGCCACCGUAGUCGAACUCAACCGUUAAAGAAUCUUGACCCAAAUAAGGAACAAAGAAAUAGAGUUUCAACUAAAUGUAAUUGUAAUGCUCACUUGCGUGUCAAAUUAAGGAGAAACAAUGAAAUAUUUCCUGAAGAGUGGCAUGUAACUACAUUUACACAAGAGCAUAAUCAUCCUCUGUUAUCUCGAUCACAAGUGCGGUUCCUUCCGGCUAAUAGAAUGAUUUCUCAAGAAGAUGAAAAGCGUAUUCUUCUACUUAAGGAAGCAGGUCUUGCAGUGAGACAAAUUAUUCGCGUCCUUGAGCUUGAGAAAGACGUUGAGCAUGGAGAGCUUCCUUUUCUUGAAAAAGAUAUCCGCAAUCUUUUUACUAGAGUUAAAAAAACAGUUUCCGGAGAUGAUGUUGCCAACUUACUACAAUAUUUCAAAUCUUGCAAAGAAGAGAAUUCUAAUUUCCACUAUAUUGUUAAGGUUGAUCAUGAAGGGAAGUUGGAGCACUUACUUUGGUGUCCAGCUCAAUCAAUUGACUGGUAUGAUAAGUAUGGAGACGUCGUGGUCUUUGAUACUACUUAUAAGGUAAACGUAUAUGACAUGCCGUGUGGGAUAUUUGUGGGUGUCAACAAUCAUGGAAAGACAAUAUUAUACGGCUGUGCACUGCUGAGAAAUGAGACCAUAGAAACUUUCAAGUGGUUAAUGAAGAAUUUUGUGGCAAUAAUGAGGAAGCCACCGAAAACAAUCAUCACCGACCAAGAUCCAUGGAUGACACAAGCCAUUGCUCAAGAGUUGCCAUACACUAAACAUUGCUUUUGUAUAUGGCAUAUCACCUCAAAAUUCAGUGGAUGGUUUACUUUCAUUCUACGUGAGAAAUACCAAGAGUGGUGCAAAGAUUUUUAUAUGCUCUACAAGUUGGAGGCAAUUGAAGAAUUUGAGAAUCAGUGGCCUCUUGUGGUUGGUAAAUAUAACUUACGGGAUAACAAACAUGUGAAAGGUUUGUAUCAGAUUAAAGAAUUCUGGGCACCGGCAUAUCUACGAAGUUAUUAUUUCGGAGGAAUGAGGACUACGGGAAGAUCUGAGUACAUUAAUGGUUUUAUCAAGAGAUUUGUGACGUCUAAUUCAACUUUAAAAGAUCUUGCUAAACAGAUUGAUGUUGCGAUUCGAGAGAUUAUUCAAAGACAAGAACAUGAUAACAUGUUAGCAAUCACUAAGAUGAAUGUUUUGAAAGUAAACACGCCUUUGGAAGAUCAAGCUUCUCAAGUACUCACUCCUUUUGCUUUUGAGAAAUUCAAAGAAGAAUGUUGUAGAGCAAGUCAAUAUUCAAUCAUUUAUCAUGAUGGAUAUGAUUUCAUGGUAAGAUAUUAUGCAAAUGAAAAUAGUAGAUGUCACAAAGUCUUUUGGGAUGGGAACUUUGCAAUGUGCUCUUGCAAGCAAUAUGAGUUCUCGGGGAUUAUAUGUCGACACAUAUUGAGAAUAUUUGUUCAAAUGGAUUGUCAUGAAGUUCCUUCUAUGUACCUGCCAAUUCGAUGGCGUGUUGAUAGUGGUUCCAUUCCAACUCAAAUUCCAAGUGAACAAAUCACUCAUUGUAGUGAAUUGAUUAAUGGUGAUGAUAUAUUGUGUCCUCCUAAGUCAAAACCCAAAGGACGACCAAAGAAUAAACGACAACAAGGCGGGAAAGAAUUGACAAAGCAAACGACGAGGCAUUGUUCUAAGUGUAAGAAAGCUGGACAUUAUGCAAAUAAUUGCUGGCUGGAUAAAGAGAAUGCCUCUGAUUCAAAUGGUGCACCGAAGAAAAAGAGCAAACCUACUACACUUGGUGAAGAUUUGAAUCCUAUCUUUUUGGUCAAAUAUUAGGUAAAUGGUGUAUUUUUUUUUUGACAUCAAUGGUGUAUUAGUUGAGGCUCAAGAAUCAGAUAUUGUAAGAAGAAGAUGAUAAUGACGUUUUGGUGUUCAAUAAAGCUUUUGCCUUUAUAUUCUA